AUGGCAUUACAAGAAGGUAUCAUUGAAGCACUAAAGCAAGGGAUUACCGACAUUCAAAUUGAAGGAGACAACUUACUAGUCAUCAACAUCAUUAAAGGCCUAUGUAGCACCCCCUGGAAACUUCAAACAGUGACGGAAGACAUCAAAAAACUGCUUUGCAAUUUCAGCAGUUGGAAGAUUGAGCACAUAUAUAGAGAAGGGAAUGCAGCUGCAGACUGGAUAGCUAAUGUAGGACAUCUUAUUUCGGAUUCUAUGUACUUUGAUCCUGUAUGUAGCCCACAACUCCUAUCGAUCAUUCAUAGAGACAAAUUGGGAAUCCCCCUCGAGAGGAGGGCCUCCUAG